AUGGCGGCGCUGCGGGAGCCGAGGGGAGAAGCGGAGUUCGCGCGGCGAAUCGACCCCGCACGGGAGCCGGGGCUUAGCCCACAGCAGCGCCAGCAUAUGGCGCAAGUGGAGUGCGCCCAGCGGCAGCGCGCUCUGCAGCGGCGGCUCCGCAGCCGAAAUUUGCUGCUGGCGCUCGGUAUCGGCGCGGUGACUUUGGGCAUCUACGGCUACACCUUCUAUUCGGUGUCGCAGGAACGGUUCCUGGACGAGUUGGAGCAGGAGGCGGAGGCGGCGCGGGCGCGAGCCCAGACGCGGGCUGAGAGCGCAGCGAGCUGAGCACGGAGGGCACGGUAAACCCCGCGAGUAGGCUGCAGCCCCCGGGUCUGGAGCAUGGAGCAGCUGCCCUCGCAGGGGGCUGGGCCUGCACGGCACUCAGUGUGGUCCGGGAACAUGCAGUGGUGGAGCUCCCCUGCAGGCACAGUUCCCUCCACUGCAGGCAGCUGUCUUCUGCAGACCUGACACGGCCCCUGUCAGCGACCUGCCCCUGGAAGGGGCAGAGGUGCCCACACCUUCCCACAAUAAAUGUGCUGUCUGGAGACUGUGUCAGUGCCUGCUCUUAAAGAAGCUGUUUCCAGAGUCCA